AUGUCACUCCGCAGAAUUGGUCGUGCAACCUCGUCGUUAACACCGAAAUCGGUUGGUCCCUGGCUUUUGUGUGCAGAUGUGCUACCAACCUCCUUUGACUACGAGGGUUUUUUUGAGCAGAAAAUCAGCCAGAAAAGAACAGACAACUCGUACCGCGUGUUCAACGACAUUAACCGUCUAGCCGAGCGCUUUCCAAAGGCUCGUGGUGGGGGACACGCCGACAUUACUGUUUGGUGUGCCAACGAUUAUCUAGGCAUGUCGAGACAUCCACUGGUUAUCGAUACGAUGCGGCGGGUCUUGUCGCUCCACGGCGCCGGGUCCGGUGGUACUCGCAAUAUCAGCGGCAACACCCGCUUUCACCGCGAACUUGAAGCGGAGCUUGCGGACUUGCACCGUAAGGAUGCGGCACUGGUGUUUACCUCGUGCUACGUGGCCAACGAUACUACACUGCAGACGCUGGCCAAGCUUUUGCCUAACUGCAUCAUUCUGAGCGACAAACAAAAUCACGCCAGCCUCAUUGCUGGGAUUCAGAAUAGCCGCGCAGACAAGGUUGUUUUCAACCACAACGACACGAAUGAUUUGGAACAGAAACUGGCAGCGCUGGACCCUUUGCGACCAAAGAUUGUGGUGUUCGAGUCAGUAUAUUCAAUGUCUGGGGUCAUUGCACCAGUUGACGAAAUCUGCACGAUAGCUCGAAAAUACGGCGCACUAACGUUCAUUGACGAGGUUCAUGCCGUUGGUAUGUAUGGCGAUAGAGGCGCCGGUGUAGGUGAGCAAUUGGGCAAUCACGUGAUGGACAAAUUUGAUAUUGUCGCCGGUACGCUAGGCAAAGCGUAUGGUGUCAUAGGAGGGUAUAUCGCUGGAUCCACAGGACUCGUUGAUACGGUGCGCAGCUACGGAUCCGGAUUUAUUUUUACAACGUCACUCCCUCCAGCCGUUGCAUCUGGUGCGCGUGUGAGUGUCAAGCACCUCAAAACGAGUCAGGUGGAGCGCACUAGUCAGAGACGGCACGUGCGUGAGCUCAAGACGCGGCUACACAAGUUGGGGAUCCCAAUAGCGGAAAACACGGGCCACAUUGUCCCCAUCUUGGUCGGUGACGCCAAGAUUUGCCGUGCCAUUUCCGACACGUUGCUGCAGAAACACAACAUAUACGUGCAGAGCAUCAACUAUCCCACCGUACCUGUGAGACAGGAGCGGCUGCGUGUUACCCCAACACCGGCACACACCCCAGAUCUGCUGGACACGUUCUCGGACGCUCUUCUUGAUGUGUGGAACCUGUGCGGUAAAAAUUAG